AUGGUUAACAUUUUUAAUAUCGUCUCCCUGCUCUUCCUCCACCUCCAUUUCCUCCCCCAUCUCCUCCCCCAUCUCCUCCUCCUUCUACUCUUUCUUAUUAUAUUUUAUUUCUUCUUUUUCUUCUAUUUUCAUUUUUAUUUUUCUUCCAUCUUUAUUUUUUUCAUCUAUUAUAUUUUUAUUUCUUCUACAUCAAUUUUUAUUUUUAUUUCUUUUUCUAUAUUUAUUUCUUCUUCUUCUGUCAUUAUAUGUCUUCUUUCUUUUCUAUUUUUUCUUUUCCUUAAGUUUUUAUUAUUUCUUCUAUAUUUAUUUCUUCUAAUUUUAUUUCAUCUUCCAAUUUUAUUUCUUCUUCUAAUUUUAUUUCUUCUUUUACUUCUUCCAUUUUUAUUUCUUCUUCUAAUUUUAUUUCUUCUUUUUUCUUCUUCCAUUUUUAUUUCUUCUUCUAAUUUUAUUUCUUCUUUUAUUUUUAUUUCUUCUUCUAAUUUUAUUUCUUCUUUUUCUUCUUCCAUUUUUAUUUCUUCUUCUAAUUUUAUUUCUUCUUUUUCUUCUUCCAUUUUUAUUUCUUCUUCUAAUUUUAUUCCUUCUUUUUUCUUCUAA